GCAUUUGCUUUAUUCAUUCCUUGUUACUUAAUAUUUUAUAAAUGAAGAAUUUUAUAUAAAAAAUAGGCUGUAAUUCGAGGUCACUCUAGCUAUAUUUUGAAUAGUGACAGCUAAAUGGGUUGCAGGUGCUGUUAUUAAGAUUUUAACGACGGCUUCAAUCAACACAUUUUACAUGCAAAUUUGCGAUUUGAGUUCCUCAGUAAGGGGUUGAAGGGUUAAAUUUCACAUGCAGCUCCAGCCAACCGCCUCCUCGAGCGCUCAUCGGUGAUUACCGGAGCGCGAGGGGAGGCGCAUAUAUUCCGCAGAUGAGACGUGCAUGAGACAGCAUUCAGUGCACGAACUCUAGAGAACAAGACCAACUCUGAGCUCUUUCCUUCUGCUUUAUUCAUGGAUACUAACCUGGGAUUGUACUUUCACUGCAUGACGACAUACUUCUUGAAGAUCCAGUGCUGCUGAUCUAUGAGGUGCAUGGACUCACUUCUAAACUUUUGUGAAGAAUUUCUCUUUGAGUUUUAAUCUAUAUAUAUAUACAUAUAUAUGUAUGUAUAUAUAUAUAUACUGACCUAGGCAAUGCAAAAGGGUUUCUGUCUUUGGAUUGUUCAGGCUUGGACAGCCAUGACGACCUUUUGCAAGUUAAAUCACUUUUGAGAUUCAAUACAGGGCGCGUUUGGACCAGUACCAGCACCUGGAGUACCAGGGCAGUUUGGAUUCUCCUCUGUAGACUUGAGCUGGUGCUUCGGGUCAUUUAAAGGGAGAUCUCUUCAAGGUGGAAAUUUGACAUUGGAAGGAGAUGAGAACCUUAUUCUGCUGCUUUCUGCUCCUCACCUUGCACCUUCUGCUGGCAACUGCUGAGGAGUUUGCAAUCCCUCAAGAUUUCAUCGACAGACUGUCCCACAGCGAAAUCAACAGCAUCAGCGACCUCCAGCGGCUACUGGAGGUAAAUUCCCCAGGUCCUGGAAAUGAGGUGAUUGAGGAGGUCAAACAGAAGCACCAUCAGAAGAGCCAUCACUCGCACAAGGCCUCUUCCUCAGAUCUCAAGAGUCUGCAGCUGUCCCACAGACGGAAGAGGAGUGUCGUAGAGGAAGCAGUGCCCGCCAUGUGCAAGACACGGACAGUGAUCUAUGAGAUCCCCCGCAGUCAAGUGGAUCCCACCGCUGCAAACUUCCUAAUAUGGCCUCCGUGUGUGGAGGUGAAACGCUGUACAGGCUGCUGCAACACCGGCAACAUGCGCUGUCACCCCUCCAAAAAACAGCACCGUACUGUCAAGGUGGCGAAGGUAGAGUUUGCGUCACGUAAGAAAGCAAAAUUGAAGGAGGUGCUUGUCCGGUUAGAGGAUCAUUUGGAAUGCGUGUGCACACCACAGCAUCACUUGACCGAGCACGCGGAAGCAGACACAGGCCCACGCACAGUUAAAAAUGGUAAAAAACGGAAACACAGAAAGCAAGCAGUGGCAGCACAGACCAACAAGGAUAUUCAAUAAAAGGCAAACAUUUCCUAAUACGCAGCGGACCAAAAUAUCCUGCAGUGGACAUGAGGUGAAACCACAUCAAAUGAGCGAUUGAAGGACAACAGUGGCUACGUAAUGCUCCAGCAGCACUGGGACUUUGACCUCUGAACUCUGACCCUACUGACCCCCAUUGCUGUUCAAAAAACAUACUGUAUCCAGAGGAACAUUAUACACAAAUACAACACCAAAGGUGCUUUCUACGUACUCUGUCAAACACUGAAGACAAACAAGAUUGGUAUUCGGUUAAUUAUUAAGUGGUCAAACACUGGGCGGAAACGAAACUGAAAAGGACGAUGUUUGUGUCGAUUCUCUGUUGUUUGUGUGUACGACUCUCGUAAAGGUCAAAGAUGAGGAGAAAGUCUUUUGGAGAACACUAAGUUUGUAGAGACCAUGAACUUCACAUGCUUGUGUUUGGAUGGAGUCCAGAUGCCCGUGAAGGAUGGACUAACUAAUGGACUCCAGUCAUUCAAAAAGAGGAUGAACAUAUUAAAGGAUGUGCUGUCAUAUAACCUUGCUAAAACGGAAGACGCAAUUUUCUGUUGUUCUCUGCCUUAGUCCUCUUGGGUCCAGAACAUUGAAACUGCUAUAUACAAUGUGCCUCUAGAAAGUUUUGUCCUUCCGAAGAGUUCAACUGCCUGUCCGUGAACAAAGACUUACAGAAGGCAGUGUAAUGCAGUCAUUAUGCCAGAAUAAAGUAUUUAUGUAUGCGAUCUCUCUUUCUCACACUCUUCGUUUCUCAGUCCAAUGUAAGAAGAGCUCAUCUUCAUUGAUCUGGAAGUAUUAUCAGUAACAUUUUUCUCAAUAUUUUAAUUCAUUCUUGCUUAUAUUUUACAGCAAAAAUACUAGGUUUUUGUCCUGGAAAUAUGUGUCAUAGGAAGACAUGUAAGAGACAGUUGUGGAAAGAUGCUUUAUUUUUGUUAAAAAUAUAUUUAUAAUGCUAAUGUAGAAUCAAGCAGGAAGUAUGUGUAUGUAUGUGUUUCUGUUAUUGUGGUGUAAUGGUUGUAUGAUGGGAUAAGAUGGCCCAUUAAGAGUAAAUGCUAUACAGUAUCAACAGAUUGGCCAUGACACAAGCAUCAUUAGUCAUAAGAUGUUGGUUCAUAAUUUGCUUCUUUACUCACCGUAACAUAUUUAAUGCUAACAUACAAAGAGAGACAAAGAUCAUUCAAAUAGUCAAUAAACACUUACCUUAGGUAUGCAGCUUUGUUAUAAAUAAAGAUAUAAAAACAAAUAAAGAGUACAUUUUCAGAAAUUUUAGAUCCUGUUAAUUUGAUUCCUAAAGGAUACACACACUUACCUUCAGACCUUAAACUGAGUUUUUCUACUGGGGAAAAGGACAUAAACUGUUCAAGUAAAACCUGAUUGCCACAUCUAGAUUUUUGCCCAAGACCCUGUUUUCGUUUUGAUGUCAACAUGGAGAAAUCUUUUCAUAUCCUGAAUGUGGUUUUCUUGCAUAUUGUUGUGCAUGUAAAUAAACUCAAUGUUUCUAGGGUGGCAAAAUGUUAAAUGGUGUUUAAAGGGAUCUUUUGCGCAAUCAGCACUCUAAACGACGAGCACUGAAAUCUCUGAGGGCUGUAUUUAUGACAUUUACAGUCUGUUGCAAAAGUGCUCAAGCAAGAGCUUUCAUGUUCUUCCAGGCCGGUUGUUGACUCUGGCUCGAGUUGUGUCUUGCUGCAGGGACUCCACUGGUUCUUGUCAUUUUUGACACAUGCCAGACAGAUGGAGCAGCCCUGGCAUUGGCUCUACAACAGAAUUCGGCACUUUGUCACACUCCUGACCUCCAAGUGGCACGUCUGGCCAUCUAAAGAGCACCUGGAGGUCUGAAUCACUGUGAAUCACAGCAACAAGCUGUGGAGACAGUUGAGGGGGUGGAGCAAAGCUUUGACUCGUUUUAUUCUUUGUGCCUUAAUGUUUGUUUUGUAUUUAUAACCGUGAGUCAUGCAGCAGUCUGUCUGGUACAACCCAUAUUCACUUUCUACAACAUCAUGGGUAUUUGACUAAAAUAUAUACAGUUGGGCUGAAGUUACCAUUUUGUGGUUUCAAUUACAACACCAUUAACCAAAUUUGUAAGGCUGGUUGUAUAUUUGUUUGUCUAAUGGUGUAUGACCUGAUUUAGCUCUGUAGCUACUGUGAUUUUGUUAUUGUUUCGUGGCACUCUUCGCUUUGGCAGCUGGGUGAUUUAGAUUGUUAUGUUCAGGUGCUGGAACCUGCUAGUCUGUUCAGUGUUUCUGUACUGAACUGCUUAUAAGUUUCGACGAUGCAAUUCACUUCUGUCAUAUCCUUAAAUUGUGGGAUUCUCUGGUCACACGCACGUUCUCCUGUUGUCCCAAUAGGAAGUACAUCCCGACCAUAGACUUUUUUUUUUAAAGUGCAUUCCUACAUGACACAUCUUGCAUGUCUGGAGUUGUACAAUAACAGGACGUAGGAUCAUGGGCAGUUAUGCGUGAAAUACAGAAACUUUAUAGUAAGAAAGUGUAAGAAGAAGCAUGAAAAUAUUUCUGGAGUCAUAUUAGCUGUACAAAUAACAAUGAUUCCCUGCUGAGCAUAGAUAACCCAUUUCCAACACAAGGUUUAUGAGCCUCUAUAGGGUGUAUGAUGGAACUACAGGUGGUUUGUGAGACUGUGAUUGAAAUGCCAAAUGAAACUAAAUAAAUGAA